UUGAAUCACACGAGGAGCGUGGAGUAAAAAUGGCGAACGAAACCCUCCAAGUGAAAAGGCGAAACCCAGCUAUUUUUCAGUUAAGAGCAGGAGGCGAGUUUUACAUGAUCGGUAGUGAAGUUGGCCAUCAAAUGGGCCUGAUGAAAGGAGCUUUGUACAAGAAAUUCCCUUCUCUCUGGCGCCGUCCACCGACCAUUGAAGAACGAAGAAUUUUGUUGUCGUUGAAUGUGGGUUACAACAGCAUGUCCAACUCAAACAUAAUGCUUGUGAAGGAAGGAGAAAUUGAGAAAAUUUUUAAAGGUUUUGGGGAGAAGUUCAUGGAAAAGCUUCCCUGCUCUCCCGUGACUGCCGGUGAUCGGGGGUUGAAGGAUUUUUCUCCGCGCUGUAGGCGACCAAACUUUACAGGACCGGUUCAUUUUCCUGCAAACUGCUCAAGGGAUAUUCUCAACUCAUCCGUUCAGCAUCUUAAUGCGGUUUCUUAUCAGACGAAGGCAUGCACUAAAUUUUGCAGCAAGUUUAGUUGGAGGGCUCGAGAAGAACUGAGGAAAAAGAUUCUUCCAAGCUUGAGGUAAAAUAAUCUUUCAUCCUAAAACUUUGUAUUUUUUUGCGGACACACUUUCAACAAAAUUUGAAUAUAAAAUCUUGUAAGAGGGUAAUCUUACAUAACUUCCACUGCAAAUUGUGAAAGUUAAAAACUACCCAUCGUUUUACUCUUUUGUGUAGGAAAACAAUGCCAAGUAUUAUUUUUUUUAGCCAUGAAACAAGCUAUAAGCUUGUGUAUAAACUGUUAAGCUUAAAUGUUUGUGCGAUAAAUCGCAAGAUUUCUACGAACCACAUGUAGGCGGUUUCUUCACCGUUACUGCAAUUUCCUCCAAAUGGCUCAUAACUCGUUUCAUUUUAUCUCAUCACUGGUUGUUCAAGAUGCACUGAAUAAAUGUUGAAUUUAAAGCUAAGUUACUAACACUGACAUGAUACGUUUGAUGCAUAAAACCCAAAAUAGACUUACCCGCGUGUCCGCGGAAGCCAUUGGCAAACUGACCAAGUUUGUCGGUUUCACCAUAUAGAACCCAUUUGUCAACAGUUCACUUUGAACAAACUAUUUUACCAAGGCCGUCUCACUCUGACAAGUUGAUCGCUUUCAGUGAAAAGUAAAAAAUCAAUGUUUAUACCCCAUUAGCUCCCGUGAAUUUCACUAUGGGGAUUUUCUUCUCCUUUUUACUAUAAACUUGAGAUUAAUUCAGUGAACAGAAAAACGAAAACGACUCAAUUUCCCUCCAGAGCAUUUUACUAUUACCCGCUGCAUUUACAUCACCUAUGAACAACAGUAACUUUAAACCUUUUUUAGCUUUGGUUUAAUAGACAGGCCUUGUAGGUUUUUUUGAUUUAAUUCUGACGGUUUUGGCCAACUUUACCAGUUUAGCAAAAAGCAUGAUUUCUUGAUGUUCUGAUUAAGUUGAGUCAAACUUUCACUCAUUUUUACUCAAAUAAUUUUUUUCAUUACUCAAGAAUUAGCGAUAGUUUGGCGUUGCAUUAUUUAAACGCUUUACAGUCCGUCUUUCAGCUUCUUUCGGACAACUUUCGGACUCUGUUUUUUGCAUGUUUUUGAAACAAGCAAAGUUUUUUGGCGCGAGUCGCGCGAGCCUGGAAACGAUUAGUCAGCUUGCCAAGAACUGUGGGUAAACGUGAUUGAAUGAAAGGCAAGAUGGCGGUCCGAACGUACGGUCAAAAACCAGCUUCUUUUCAGCUCGGAGAUGGCGACUCAUACAUGAUAGGAUCCGAAGUUGGAAACUUCCUGCGAAUGUUUAGAGGCUCUUUAUACAAAAAAUACCCUUCGUUAUGGCGAAGACUCGCCACUUUGGACGAACGAAAGCAAAUCGUUCAACUAGGGCUUGGACACAGUAGCAUCGCCACAAAUGUAACCUUGUUAAAAUCUUCCGAGGUGGAAGAAAUCCUCGAAGGAAAGGACGAGAAAUAUAAAGUUUCUACGGAAACACCCGAUGCAGCAGCUCGGGCCGUGAGUGGUAAAGCAAAACGUAGCAGCCAGCCAGCAUGGGCACCACAAACUUUAUUUUCUAGUAAUUCUUUUCACUUGGAUGCAGUACCUUGUUCUACAACUGUGAACAGGAAUCGCAUGGGACAAAAAAGGAUUAAGACCUUCCCUACAUGGUAAUCUACUGGUACUUAAGACGAUUUUUCUAGGAUAUGGAGUAUUGACAGAAUGCCUUGCCACUUAAAAAAAGACCUAUGUUUAUUGUUAUUGUUAUUAAUUUCGACAUACCAUGUCGCUGGCUAUGCAGAAAGUAGUCAUUAUGGCAGAGUAUUCUGCAGUUAAACCAACUCCAAGCCAAGUUGCUUUUUAAAACACCAUGUAAUGUAUGAUUUACGUGUUGCUGGGCUUUCAGGUUGUUACACGCAAUGGCAGAGUGCAAAGAAAGUCAAUUUUACAGCUUGUUAUUUGGGCAAGCUGUAGCUAGCAUGUAGUAGACCAAAAGUCAUUUCAAUUAGCCCCCCCAAAAAUUUUGAUGAGUACUGAUUACAGUUUUUCUGUAAAUUUGAAUUCCCAAAAAAGCUUCACUUGCUCGCUGGACACUAUUAUUUUCUUUGUAAGCUGAAUGGGAUUCUAAACCAUACAAGAAUAUUUUUGGUUGGGUAGUUUUGUGAUACCAAUGCAAAGCUAUACUCUAAGAAAAAUUGAAGAGAGCCCAGUGCUGAAAUCUGUGAAAUCCAGGGUAACCAACAUAUGAGCUCUAUGAAAAAGCAGAGAUUCCUUAGUCACACAAGAAAAUAGUAAGAUACCACGGAUCUAUGGGAGCUACUAGAGCACAGCCCUGCAUGGCAUGUUAAACAAAUUCUUUUGCAUAAGAUACAGAAGAAAAGAGACUGAUAGGAGACAAAAUUACAGUAGAACCUCUGUGAUACAAACAGUUCUCUUGGUACCAGGUCACUUGUCACUCUAUAAUCUACAACAACAUUUCUUUAGGUCCUAAAGACGGUGAACUUUAAGCAACUGUGCUCCUUCAAAAAGGAGACCUCUUUACUGUACGCAUUUAGCUUUGUACCCUUGGUGUCUGUUAUUUAUCAGAUUUUUCUGUUGUAUCAAGCCAAAUAGUGUAUGAUUGAUGUAUUUUUCUUGUUUGUUGACUUCCCUCAUUCAUGAUGGAACUCACAUCAGUAUGUCAUAAUACAGAUAGGUGCAUUUGUCAGAAUAGGCUGUUUUACAGUUGCAGGCUUAGUGUCCUAGCCUUUGAGUGAAUGUGAGGGUGAGGUUGAUCAUAUUUUGAAACAAGCCUCCUUUUCUGACAGAAAAAAUUAUGCUUAAAAAAUAAUAGUAUAAGAAAAACAUGACUUAGAUAAUAAAACAAGAAGGGCUGUACCAAGGCAAGGUCAACUCCAGCCUCAUUUCCACCUGUAACUGUUAAGUGGUCUAUUAAGCAUUUCCCUAAUUAAAGUUAACAGGAGUACACCUCUUCAGCUUAUAUGUAUUGUUUUCCAACGUUAGAUCAUGAGAUAAUACUCAAGAGAACUCUUUCUUUCAAAUGUAGUUAUAUUCACAUAUGUCUUGAAAAGAUGAAGAGCAAAUUCCCUUGAGACGUACAUUGAGAAAAACAAAACAUACAGGCUGAGGUGGUCUAUUCAAGUUGUACUAAUAACAACUCUUAUUAUAUAUUUCUUAAUGUUUCAGUUAUGAUGAUCACGACAUGGCAGCUAUCCAUGAAGCUGCUAGUCAGCCUGAAGUGUUAGUCCCCAUCAGGCUGGACAUUGAUAUUGAUGGACAAAAACUCAGAGACACAUUCACAUGGAACAAAAAUGGUGUGUGUGCUUAUGUUAUUUACUUUUGAUAUUUCAAAGCAGAAAUUUAGGUAUCAGCAAGAAGGGGUUUCAAUGAAAAUUGAAGUAGCCAGCAGGUUUGAAAAGAGUAACCGACUAUAUCAACAAGGGGCCAUUGGUCCCCUUUUUCUAGGGGGGAGGGAGGGGGUCUGGGCACAUUCUGCCCAAGAAAUUUUGAGAUUUCAAAGCCCUAAAAUGUGAGUUUCAGUGUUCUGGGAACUAAAUGUGAGGACAAAAGAGAAUAGAUAAUUGAACAUAGUUUCUAAUAAUAUUAUUUCAUAAUCAACCUAUAAAGCAGUAUUUUACUGUCCACCUACCCAUAUGUAUCAGUGCAAUAAGACAAGUUCUAAAUUAAGUCUUUUUUGUUCUCAGAUAACAAAUCAAAGUACCAUCUGUCAGAUUUGGGAAUCUUCUUGAAUUUAUUUUAACCAUUAAAGUAUUAAUUUUCACUGCGCAAAGGAAGGUUCUUGAGUUUCUUUGCUCUGGAAAAUAGUAAGGAAGAUCAAAUUAAAAUGAAAAUAAUAAACUGGUUGUUUUAGCUUUUAACUUCUGACUGAAAAAUAUUGUUUAGAUCAUGUUGUUUGUUUGUUUGUUUUUCUUGUUUUAAGUUGUACGUUGUUUUUUGGUUUAAAGUCACUGAAGAUUAAGGGUUAAGUUUGGUUUGCCUUUCUUUGCAGAGACGUUAAUCUCUCCAGAGGUGUUUGCUGAAGUGCUGUGUGAUGACCUAGAUCUGCCACCAGCAUCAUUUGUACCUGCUGUAGUGCAGGCCAUCAGGCAGCAGAUAAAACAGUUUGAUUCAGAUUCUGAAAUAAUGCUUGAUCAACAAACAGAUCAGAGAGUUAUUAUCAAGGUGGAGAGUCAACGAGAUUCAGUAGUUAAACUUAACUUCUCAAACUGAUUAAUUAUGUAUAAUACUCUUGUCUUCAAGAUACCCACCAUCUUCACAUGUGCAUUAGGAUUGAUGGGGUAAAAGUGAUGUCACCUGGUAUUUCAGGGGGAAGACAAGUGAUAAAAUUUGCCAAUACUCACAAUCGUGGUGGGGUUUGUUCCUGUAUGAGACAAUGAUGUUAGUCAUGCAAAAUGUACAGCUCAAGUUUCAACAAGUUUUACUGCAUUAUCGUGCAUUGUGAAGACAUCUAGGUUCACUGCUGCUUCCAAAAAAGAAACAAUAUGAUCACUUACACAACCGUAAUUUACUUCUUUAAGAUGAAAAGUUCUCCAUGUUCUGUUGUCUAAAAUAAACAAAAUCAACAACAAUUUCUUGUAUUUUUUCGAAUUUUAUCACUUGUUUGUUCCCUGAGAAACCAUGUGGCAUGGCUUUUAUCCCAUCGCAUACAGUGAUGGGGCAUAUUGUGAAUAAGGUCUAUUUGAUUGUCUCAUUUUGGUUGGGUACAAGUUGGCACUAAAUGGUCUCUUACUUCCUUUCUUUUGGCACAAAAUUUGAGAUUUGAGGUAAUUUUAUCAUGGGAUAGAUUUUUGCUCUUGGACCAUCUUCAUUUUCUUGAAUAACUUGUGGGUUUCUUUAACCUGUAUUAAAUGGUCAUCUUGGAUUAAAUGGUCAGUAAGCCAUACCCUAAGACUGUAUUAUGACUUUUUUGGUAAUUUUCAUCCACAGCUAAACAUCCAUGUUGGUAACAUUUCAUUGAUGGAUCAGUUUGAGUGGGAUUUGUCAGAACCUCAAAACACGCCUGAACAGUUUGCACUGAGCCUUUGUUCUGAUCUGGGUCUUGGUGGCGAGUUUGCCACAGCCAUUGCUUAUAGCAUUCGUGGUCAGUUAAGUUGGCACUCUAAAACAUAUGCCUUCAGUGAGGCACCAUUGCCAACUAUUGAGUCACCCAUUAGAUCAGGUACAGAUGUAGAUAACUGGGGUCCAUAUCUUGAGACAUUAACAGACGCUGAGAUGGAAAAGAAGCUGCGUGACCAGGACAGAAAUACCAGGUUAGUGCUUUCUGAUAUUUAUUUUAAGGACAAAAAUCUUAACUUUUUUGCACCUUGUUUUUCUUACUGGAGAUCAAUGACAAGCAAUGAAACUAACUCUUCUUGUAGCACUAUGGCAAGGGGUGUCUAUGUAAGUUAUUCAUUAAUUCUCAUUGUAGAUCUAUUUGAAAAGUUGCUUUGUUUCAUGGUUUAUAUUCUGAGGGAGUAACUAAAUUAGCCCGCAGGACCCCAUGCUGUUUCACUGGCUGGGUGUUGACUGACAUCAUGCUGUAAUCCGAUGACUUAUCUCACUCAGGCGUAUGAGUAGCUGCUUUCUUUCUUCCCUCCUUCUCUUGAGUCCUCGUCGGGACCUCAGUUCAUUCAUAAAGAUGCCCAAACAGAUUCACGGGCUUGUUGUCUGCUGAGGUGCAAAGGGGACACGGGGGAUGAUUUUCACCGCCUCUUCACUAUGUCUUUGCUUUUCAUUACUUCGUUUUUUAACAUGUGAACUAAUUAGCUGGGCAAAGAUCUAUGGUUUGUAUUAGACGUUUAACAAACUGUCAGAGACCAAGAGAGUUAGAUUGAGAUUUAAGCACUGCUGGAGAAACUUUGUACAAAUUCUCUUUCUCCUUUGGUGGGUCUAGCCCUAAGAGUGUCCAGCUCCUAAUCUCUGCGUAUGGUUUAUAUCACUGCCAAGUUAAAUGCAAGGUCAUGAGUUGUGUCACUCAUCUCAUGACUUCAUCACUCGCUUUGAUAGUGUCCCUCGCGCCUUUGGCCCUUAGCAGUCGACUUUUGGCAAGUCCAGCUCAUGAGAAUACAGGGAAUAUAUCAUCCAAAAUUUGCUGUAUUGAUUUCUAAACAACCUUUAGCAUCACGAGAAUUGCAUGCAGUUUGUUAUGGAGAACAUGAAUUUUGACUCUAGCAUGGUAACUUAUAUUAUGGUACACUGCCUUAAUUACACAUGUAAUUACACACUUAUUAUAAAGUGUGACAUAUUGCAUUCUUUAUUUCUUUUUUCAGGCGAAUGCGACGUUUAGCUAACACUGCUCCUGUGUAUUGAAAAGCGUUCAAAACCCACCAGAAAACAAAUGUAAAUAAAUAUGUGUGUAGUGUGCCCUCUUCUAUGUAAAUAAGUUAGUUGGAAAGUGUUUUGUUUGAAAAAAGUCAAAAACCUUAAGAAAAGAAAGAACUGUUGAUAUUUUCUGUUACUGGUGUAGUUAUAAAGAGAAGUGAUUGUACCAAUGGAACACUG